GCCGGCCGUCGCGUUGCCGCGCCUCCUUCUCCUUUUGCCGAGUUUGACAGGAGUUCCGACGGGGCUUUUUUCGCCGCAGGUCCGUGGAGGAGGGAGCAACCGUUCACGCCGCCAACUCCACCCGGGGCUCUCCUCGCCUGGAUCACUCCCCCGCCCACUCGCCAGAGAGGCAAGGAAGCCGAUCUUGACCCUUUGACCAGCUCUCCUCGGAGUAUGUCGGAAUCCAGAUCCCAAAGCACGGCGGCGGACAAGGAGUCUUCUAACUUGGUGGCCCAGCUGUUUGGGGGGCUGCGUUGGGGCCUCCUGGAGGAGCCCCUGGGAUUCAUUAAGGUGCUGGAGUGGCUCUUUGCCAUUUUUGCCUUUGGAACCUGUGGUUCUUUUAGUGCAGAAACAGGAGCUACUGUGAAAUGCACUAAGCUUCCCAAGGAGACAACUGCUAUUACUGUGCAGUUUGGAUAUCCUUUCAGGUUGUAUAAAAUCCCAUUUGACAUGCCAGAUUGUAUCGAAGGAUCAACUGCUAAAAGAGUGCUGCAUCUCAUGGGAGACUUUUCUGCACCAGCUGAAUUCUUCGUGACCUUGGGAGUUUUUGCUUUUCUAUAUAGUAUGGCAGCUCUUGCAGUAUAUUUACGAUUUCACUCCCUCUAUAAGGAGAAUAAGAAGCUACCUUUUGCGGACUUCUGUGUGUCUGUCUCAUUUACCUUCUUUUGGCUAGUGGCAUUUUCAGCUUGGGGCAAAGGCCUGUCAGACGUGAAAGGAGCUACACGGCCUUCCAGCCUUAUUGCAGCCAUGUCAGUAUGUCAAUUCAAAAAUGCAUUGUGCAAUGCUGGGGCCACUCCUUCUAUGGGUUUGGCCAACAUCUCUGUGCUGUUUGGUUUUUUCAACUUUAUACUCUGGGCUGGAAAUUGCUGGUUUGUUUUUAAAGAAACCCCUUGGCAUGCACAGACCACCAACAAGGAAAGUUCUGCUGAACAAGGGGCUGUUGAUAAGCAAUAAGGAAACCCCACCCCCAUUGAAGCCAUCUUCCCCCCCCCCCUCUCCAAAUCAAGAACAUGCAGUCCCUUUGCUCAUCCCCUGCAGGAAAUGUGUCUUCUCUGCCAUUUUUGCUACUGCUCAGCAGUCAUAUUGGCUUCCCUUUGUGACUGAAAUGGGAGGCUUUUCUCCAGCUGCAAUUAUUGGUCCUCUUGUGGUCAUAAAUACACAGACUGUUCAUAAUUACAAUAAAACUCUUCUUUAUUUGGAUUUUGUAUAAGUAUACGCUACUGUACAUUUUCACAUUAGUCACCUAUCUUAGGAUGUAUGGCAAUAUGUCUUUACUGAUGACUUUACUAUUUUUUUUUUAAAAAAAUGAAGCCAGUAGAGUUGAAUAAGCACCUAGAGAAAACCAAAUAAUUAGAACCAUAGAACUUGGGACAUCUAAGUGCCUUAGUGAGAAAAUAUGUCUACUUUGUAGCUAUAAUAGUUGUACAAACAGUAACUUGGCUGAGCAACAAAAUAAAAUAAAAACAAAAUAUUUUUUUACCUUUAAUACAUUUGACGGCAGGAAGGAGUGUGUUACAUUUCUCAUUUUGUAUUACAGAGUAUACAUAUUCUAAACAUAUUUUUGCUUCCAUUAAAUAUAAUUGAUUACAACUUAAGAUACUGUUUGCACACAGGUGUCUUGUUCAGCCUUGCAUGGCUAAUAUGGGAAAGGUUUUUUUUUUAAAAAAAUCAUUGAAAUAAGAGAAAGUCCUCAUUGGUCAUUUUGAACCACAAAGGAUAAUCAUUUCCAAUGUGAGCUAGUUUUGCUAUCCGUAAAUUGCACACAAAUAUUGACCAUCCAGAAGUAGCUUUAGUGGAAUACUUCUGGUAUUCUAGAAUUUGACAUCUGUUUCAAAACUUCUUGAAAUUUUGUUUUAUUUAAAAACAUUUCACAAUAUGAACUUCUUUGAGUAUGCAGACUAAUUCAAUUUACCUGAAGUUAAGACAGCCUAAACUCGGCUGAGAAACAUGCAGAACACCGAUGGAUGUUUUUAAAAAUAUAACUUAUGAUAUUGUUCAGAAUCUUUGUUUCUCGUAAUUGCCUUUAAAUCCUUUGUAAUAGAAAUUGUUAAUUCUUCAUUUUUGGAAUUGACUAUCGGUCGACUAAUAUAUACUUGUUCAUAUCUCAAAUUUAACUCCCAUUUGGCUGCAAUUAGCAACAUCAUUUGAUGGUGACAUGAGCCACCCUAAUCACCUAAUGGUUGCUAUGGGAAUUCUUAAGGAAGCUUUUAGCAUCUCUAGAUGUCUCUUAGGUAGAGGACAAGACUGCCAGAAAUUAAGUGUAGUAUAAUAAAUUUACCUUUUCCUUUUCUCCAUCUUUUUCAUUAGAAACAACUUGCUCUUGAGAAUAUCAGCUAUUCUUAAACUAUUCCCACCCUUCAAUCCUUAAAUCUCUGUUUCCCUAGACUUUAACUUAAAUAGGGAGAGGGGAUAGUUUUUAGGAAGAUGGGGGAUGCCAGAAUAUGGAAGGAUGGUUAUUUUUUCUGAUAUAAAUCUAUUACAUCAGACCUUGUUUGGUCUUGGACUUUCUCUUAUUUCCACAUCUUCUUUUAUCAGCAAAGGGAGAAGAAAUCUUAAUAUUACUAAUACUGGUGCUUUGUUAGGUGUGGGACCUUCAUAUUAAGCAUGUGUCCGUUGUAUUUUUUGUAAACUUCAUUUUCUUCCUGAAUUUUUAUUACUGGUACUUCUUCACCACGGUGAUAGUUUUUAGGAAAUUCUGUGGCAUUUUGGCAUUGAAACUACGAUAUGUAGUCUCCUACUGGCCCUAUAGUGUCCUUUAAAAAAAAAACAAGAUUACUAUAAACCAAAAAUAAAAUUGUUUGACUACCUUUUAAGAAUGAGUUUCUCUGGUAGUCAAUCAUUAUGUGUGCUUCUAUCAACAAAUUAGUCCAUACCUAGACUAAUAGCUUUUAGCUAAUAGUGUGUUUACAUAAUCAUUCAUUUCAAGAGUUCUAUAUUUUUUUCUGAAACACUGAACCUAUAAAUGUAGUUAGAUAUGCGUGUCUUUCAUCUUGUUUAUAUCUUUGAUUCUUUCUUCUGAAUCUUACGGAUUACUUGCUACCUUUGCAAAUAUUUGUCCAAGGUCCUCAAUUAAUAAAAAUCAGUGUCGUGAUACUGUUACCAUUUGAUACGAAUUGAAGAUCUGACAUUUGUGCAAAUAUUGAACACUACUUUCUAAACUGAUGCUAUAAACAGAAAGAAGUAUCUGGCACAUGCUGUCCCUUUGGCAGUAAAUAUUCUUUAAAAAGUAUAUGAUUGUUGCAUGCCAUUGGUCAUGCAAAUUCUGCAAGCCACCUUCUGACUUAAAAUAUGCUUGCUUCUGUAUUUGAAAUAAAUACAGUUGUGCUACAUUUGGCAUUAUUUCUAUACCCAACAUAGAAGAGAGCUGUAUAGCAGCUGUGCCAGGCAGCAGGUGCAGAUAUACCCAUUACAUUGAAUCCAAAGCCAUCCUAGAUGACUGACUCACUGUCCUGAGGCUGUAUCUUGGGCAUGACACUAGCUAGAAAGAAUGAAGAAGCACUGCUUUUGCUGUCUUUGGGUUUUUGAAAGUUGAAGCUUAGCAUUUUUUACAAAUUCAGUGUAGCAAAUGGUAGUUAAUGAUGUGUAACUGAGAUACUCCUGAUGUCUAUCUUCCCUGUCCUGGAAUAAUAAACAUUUCUAUUGAAAGUGGAGCAACCAAUAGCUCAUUGCUGAAUUCUGGACAUCCAUGCUUACCAAUUCUGCUUACUUUCUCAGGCAUUUUACUCUUCCAGUGACAGGAUAUUGCAUAUUUUUACUCUCCUAGUGAUUGUUAGCUUUGUUCUAAUAAAAUAUUUUGAGAGUUCACUUUGAAGGACUAUAGCCUUUAUGUACAUUUAUAGUUUUGCUUUCAUCUAUGUCCAAUCUAAGUAUAAUUGCCUUAAACACUAUGUUACUGAACUGUCUAUUUUCCAGGGAUUAAUUGACUGUUUUAUAACUUUUGCAUUUGGUACAGUGUAUGACAAGCUUUACAUAUAUUCACGUACACGGCCUUGUCAGUACGUGGUAUCUUCUAACUUUCAAACGUAUAAUAUAUGGUGGGCAAACAACAAAAAAAUAGUUUUGUCAAAAAUUUGCAAGUGAUUUUUUAGCCAAACUAUUGUCUAUGUUAUAUAUUUUCUCUGUUAUGUUGUGGGUACAUACUGGAAAGGAUGAAAAAGAUUCCCAAUGGGAUCUGUAUUUGUUGUGCCCAUUUAGCGUGAUUGGUUGAAAUGCCUAACUGAAUAAUAAUUACUCUAUGUAUAAUACAUGCAUGCACCAUAAAUAGAGAAAUACCUGUAAAGUAUAUAGCAAAAAUUCUGGCAUCAUGCCAAAAUAUUCAGAACACGAGCACUUUUUAGGUUGCUCAGUCUCUGACCAUCAAUUUUCUAAAUCAUUUGUUUCAUUUUUACCUAUUCUUAAUACAACAAUUUGUUUCUAAUGUGCAAUUAAAAUAUACCCUUUUUAUGGCAACCGAGUCAAAAAUUUGCUGCCCUCUAACAGAUAAUCUUUAAAAUAUUAGAAAAGUGCUAUAAAAUUCUUGUUGUAUUCUUCUCUUCAAAUUAAGCAUAUUUCACCAUGGCCAGAACAUUUGAGGAAUUUAAAACAUGGCUGUUUGUUUUUAUCUGAAAGAUAGAAUUAUUUAUUCUAACAUAGUUGGAUAAAAAUGACAAAUCGAUUCUAAAUAUCUGGCUGACCUUGUGGCAACCAUAAUAAUAAUAAACCACUGAUUGAAUAGGCUAGCAGCUUGCAGUUGAUUGCAGUCUGCCCUCUUGUCUCUAAUUUAUAAUGAAGCCUUUUCUUGCUCUCUUCACCACUACUCACUGUAUUAAUCUAAUGUAAAG